AUGCUUAGACUACUCAACCCCAGAUCUACCCAGACUGUUAGCAGGGCCACCAGGCUCGUGAUACGCUUAAGCUCCACCGCUAUACCCACGACGCAGAAGGCGGUGGUGUUCUAUGAGCAUGGUGGUGAACUCAAGUACACCGACAUUCCUGUUCCGAAGCCAAAACCAAACGAAAUUCUAGUUAAUAUUAAGUAUUCAGGCGUGUGCCACACGGACUUACACGCAUGGAAGGGUGACUGGGCAAUAAAACCCAAAUUGCCUCUUGUUGGCGGACACGAGGGUGCUGGUGUCGUUGUUGCUAAGGGUGCAAAUGUCACCAACUUCGAGAUUGGUGACUACGCUGGUGUUAAGUGGUUGGGCAAAACCUGUAUGGAGUGUGAGUUCUGUCAGAAGGGCUUUGAGCCCAACUGUGAGACCCCAACCCUUUCGGGUUACACACAUGACGGCACUUUCCAGCAGUACGCCACUGCUGACGCAAUUCACGCAGCCCAUAUUCCACCUGGCACAGAUCUUGCCAAGGUAGCGCCAAUACUCUGCGCAGGGAUUACUGUUUACAAGGCACUGAAGACGGCUGCGCUUAUUCCUGGUCAGUGGGUUGCAAUUUCGGGUGCUGGAGGUGGCUUGGGCUCCCUAGCCGUCCAGUACGCUGUUGCCAUGGGGUACAGGGUUGUUGGUAUUGACGGAGGUAACGAAAAGGAGGCACUCUUCAGGAGCUUGGGUGGUGAGACAUUUGUUGAUUUUCAUAAGAACAAGGAUAUUGUCAGUGCUGUCCGUGAGGCCACCGGUGGUGGACCCCAUGGCGUAGUUAAUGUAUCUGUGUCGACUAAUGCAAUUCUGCAAUCAGUGGAGUAUGUCAGACCUACUGGAACUGUAGUUUUGGUUGGUCUUCCGCCAGAUGCUACUGUGAAGUCGGAUGUUCUCACCCACGUCUUGAAGAGCAUCAACAUCAAGGGUUCUUAUGUAGGUAACCGUGCGGAUACCAAAGAGGCAAUAGAAUUCUUCACCAGAGGUCUGGUUCAGUCACCCAUCAAAAUAAUCGGCUUAUCGCAACUUGAGGAGGCCUAUAAGGCAAUGGAGGAGGGUACGUCUAUUGGGCGUUAUGUCGUUGAUACUUCUAGAUAA